UGCAGCCGGUGUCGUCUGCGCUUUUCCUCCGGUCGUGAGGGAAAGUUUUAACAGAAGAAACCGUGGAGCGGCUUCACUUCAUGGAUUAAACUUUAAAACAAUCACAGGACAACUUCCGGACUCUAUGAUUCGACCAAAAACAUCGACAUUUAUUCAUCCAGCACUAAAUUCAGAAACAUGGAGGAUCCAGACAGACCUCAGAGGAAAAUGUCAACAGCAGGAGACAGUUUGUACAAAGUCCUGGGCCUGGAGAAAGGAGCAUCUGCAGAGGAGAUAAAGAAGGCGUACAGGAAAUUGGCGCUGAGGCAUCAUCCUGAUAAGAACCCAGAAAACCCAGAGGCUGCUGAGAGAUUCAAGGAGAUCAACAACGCCAACUCCAUUCUCAAUGACGAGAACAAACGGAAGAUCUACGACGAGUAUGGCUCCAUGGGCCUCUACGUGGCCGAGCAGUUUGGCGACGAGAGCGUUAAAUACCACUUCCUCAUGACUAAGUGUUGGUUCAAGGCACUUGUGGUGUGCUGCAGUGUUUUCACCUGCUGCUGCUGUUUCUGCUGCUGCUGUUUCUGCUGCGGGAAGUGCAAAUCGCCAGAAGACGGGGAGGAUUUUGCCUACAUGGACCCUGAGGACCUGGAGGCAGAGAUCAGAGAGCAGGAUGCAGCAGGAGAUCAUGUCAUAAUUAUUCAGCCGAGCCCUAGUGCUGCCAGUGACAAACCAGGUGAGAGCACACCAAUUGUGAUUCAGCCUCAAACGACUUACGACACCUCGGGGCCCGGAGCCGCCCAGCUGGACCAGUCCACCUGUAAGGAAUGAACACCUGAAUGAAUGACUGAGUGAGUCGAGUCGUGACAGUGCUGAGAGCUUCAGAUUCUUGACUGUCAUAAAACCAGGUCAUGGCUGAUGAUGAAUUUAAACACGGUGUCUGUGUGUUUGAAUCAUCACAGAGGCGUUUUUGUUUACAUGAAUUUGAUUGUGCCAUAGUUCUUUUUUUUUUUUUUUUCCUUUUUAAAUACCAGUGGGUUUGUCUUUGAUCCAGUGUCAUAUUUAUUUUUUUAAACAUUUUAUUUUUGAAUAUUGGGCAGUAUCUGUGCUGGAGUGACAAAUGACAAAUUGAUGCUGAUCAAAGCUCUGGAAAAACAGUUUUUCAUGUGCACUUUAAAAUCAUAAGUUUUGUAUUUAAAAUCCUAAAGCUGCCACAUUUGUCUGAGAACAUUCAGGCUCACGGGUCAGAAAUGUUUUAAUGUUUUCUUUUUUUUUGUUUGUUUUUUAAAAAGGCCAAUUCAUGUUUCUCAGAUUGUUAGAGGAAAACCACUUGGAGAUUUACGAGGUGUUCAGUCAGACUGCACAUAGAUGUGUAUUGUAGAAACAAGAAAAAUGGCUUACGAGUUGCGUAUUCGCCCGACAGUCUGUACAUCGCCCAGUGAGAAUUAAUAAUUUAAUGCUCACAGGACUUUGAGGAAUAAUUCUACAUUUUGUGAGACUUUCUUCUUUAGAGUUAAAGAGAGUAUCGACACCUCUCUCCACGUUUGUUCAUUAUGCUGAAUUCAUGUUGUAUGCAACUGAUGGUAGAGACGGGAAAGAAUCCCAAUGUUGACGACUUUUGAGUCUUCGCAUCAUCGGGUGUAUGACCGCAGAGUCGGCUGUGCGAGGAUAAAAAAUACUGUAUUCGUUAAAGUUGGAUUUAAUUGCCAGGAACAAAAGACUUUGGUUUUGUAUUUGUUCAUGAAACAGACUAUGUGGACAAGGUUUAGUUAGAAGAGGGAUUUAAAUCAGAUUCUGCAGAAUUGAUUGGAUCACUAAAGAGUGGGCGUGGCUUAGUGACAACAGCGUGAUAUGGAGCUGCAGGACCGUUCUCCAAAAAUGCAGUUUUAUAUUAUCACCAUUUAAGGCCAGUUUCAUGGUUCCAGCUUUCCCUCGGAGGGGCGUGGCCUGUUCAUACUGCGGUCAGGGCGGUCCUGCGUACAUGGACACAUUCCACAUGACAACACAUGGCUCCUUUGUUCGUUUCAUUUGGCAGAGCAACAUGAAAAAGUCAAUAAAAAGUUAAUAGCUUAACAAGAAUGGGACCCAGGAUAAAAAUGAACAACACAUACACACAGUGCAUGAAUUGACCGUCCAAGUUUAUGAUGAAAUUUAGACCUUAGCAGACGUGGAAACCGUGAACUGGGUUUUAGCUAGUUGCUGCAAAUCACAUUUGAUUAGAUACAUUUCUGUCACUGCAAAGGAUAGUGAACAGUUUAGACAUAAAAGUACUCAAAAAGGGUUUUUCUGACUCAUGUAACAGGAGAUACAUGAAUCAUCAGCACAGACAGAGGAUUGGAAAUGGUUUGACUUGAACAGAACUUAGUAGUUGGAAACUGGUACUUACAAAUAACUCAUUAGGUAUAUAGCUGGUGCCGGGAGGUGAUUAGCCUAGCUUAGCAUAAAGAAAGGAAGCAGGGGGGAAACAGCUAGCCUGGCUCUGUCCAUAUAUCAAAACCAAACCUCUAACGCCAACUUUCAGGAGUCUUGCUGUCACAAAAAGGUUUGCAACCUGGGUUAUAGUUGGAGAUGCUCUGUACAGAAGUAUGCUUUAUGCUAAGCUAGGCUAAUCAGCUCCAGGCCCUGGCCUCAAGUUCACCGGACAGACACGAGAGUGAUAUCGAUCUUCUCAUCAGAUGCUUGCAGAAAUUAAGCGCACUCUCCAAAAUGUGGAACUAUUCCUUUUAAGAGAGCGAGUCACGGUUCUGUUGGUUAGUUUGCUGUAUCUGCACAUUUAGUGACCUCAAGGAGAAAAACACAAGGGGGUGGGGGUAAUUUAACAGGUUCUGAUGAGAGCUGCACAAAUUGUAAUUUUUUCUACACUAAAGCCGGCACUGUUUGAUUUCUUUUUUUUUUUGUUCUGUUUGACCUGAUGUCAUGAGAAUGUUUUUCUCUGUGGUGUGUGAGAUGACUUAUUGCUUGUAGGUAUGGUCAGAUUGCCUCAUAAUGUUAAAUACAGGAUUCAUGUCUUUAUGUAACUUCAGAAAUAUAUUUUUGAUUGGAAGUCUUGUAUUAUAUUUUACAUUUCUGUUGGGUUUAGCUUCAUUGGGUUGAAUUUAUACGAAUCUGAAUCUAAUGGUAUUUGUUAUGUUUUUCUUUGGCAUCAAGAAUCACAUAGUCAGACAAUAUAUUUAAUUAAUUGACAAACGUGCCUAAUAACAUUCACAUGGGAUAAAGUGUGUUUUCAAAAGUUAGUUUUAUUAAUUUUGUGAUCAAAGUUUUAAAAGAAAAUGUGUGUAUUUUGUUUUAUCAUCUCAACAUUCCCGGGUAUUUUACUGUUCUUUCAACUUUUACAUUCUUGUUUGUGUAAAAUUGAUGUUUUAAAUAAACUUGGGUGAAACUGCAAA